AUGACAGACAUGACUACCGCGUCCAGAGGCUCAUCUACAUGCGCCGUAGAACCCAAGAAUUCUGACGAUGCCUCCGAAUCCCUAUUCAAGCCGGACUGGCGAUUUUAUUUGGCCUUCCUCACUCUAUGCACCAUUUCCCUUACCGCUGCGCUUGACGCGACUUCAUUAUCUGUCGCUCUACCCAUCAUCGCUUUGAGAUUGCGCGGGUCCGCUAUUGAGGCUUUCUGGGCAGGAACAUCUUUCCUACUCACGUCCACCGUCUUCCAACCCAGCUAUGGCUCGCUCUCACACAUUUUUGGCCGGAAACCACUGCUCUACAUCGCCAUGUCAUUCUUCACCCUCGGCGCAGUCAUAGCCGCCAUGUCUAGAAACUUGACCAUCAUGUUAGUUGGUAGGAGUUGGCAGGGGCUAGGCGCUGGUGGAAUUAUCAGCUUGACAGAAAUUAUUGUCACAGACCUCGUGCCAUUGGAGGAACGAGGAAAAUGGUUCGGUCUAAUUUCAGCCGUAUGGGCCAUUGGCUCAGUAUCUGGGCCCAUCAUCGGAGGUGCAUUUGCACAAAGUGUAUCGUGGACCUGGAUAUUCUGGAUUAACAUCCCAAUUAUUGGUCUCGGAUUUAUUUUUGUCACCUUCUUUCUCAAGUUGAAUCGAGCAAGAAACGCCUCUUUCCUCGCUCAGCUCAAACGAAUCGACUAUCUAGGGACCUUGAUAUUCGUUGGCUCGCUCACAAGUCUACUGAUCCCUCUCACAUGGGGUGGCGUUAUGUAUCCAUGGACGAGUCCUCGAACAGUCGCACCACUUGUAAUUGGGCUUGCUGGUCUAGCAGGUUUCGGUCCAUAUGAAUACUACAUAGCAAAGGAACCCAUGGUCCGACUAUCAAUAUUCGACAACUGGACAUCCAGGCUCGUUUACUUUCAGACAUUUAUCCAUGGCAUCGUCCUUUGGUCCUUACUUUACUACGGUCCCUUUUUCUUUGAGGGCGUGCGCGGAUUUUCCCCUGUCAUUAGCGGUGUGGGUAUGUUCCCAGAGACAUUUACUAUUGCACCAGUCGCAGCAGUAGUCGGAGUACUAGUAUCCAUCACAGGAAAGUAUCAGUGGGCCUUAUGGAGUGGUUGGGCCCUUACCAGCAUAGGAUUUGGCCUCCUCUACCUGGAAGACGCCAAGACUCCAAAUCUGAUAUGGAUAUUUCUCAACAUUGUACCCGGGUUAGGAAUGGGCAUACUAUUCACCAGCAUGGCGUUAGCUAUACCAGCCGCCUGUAAACCGAUUGAUAUGGCUCACGCGGUCGCCUUUUUCACGUUUUUCCGUGCCUUUGGAAACUGUGUCGGAGUUGCGAUUGGAGGAUCUAUUUUCCAAAAUCAGAUCAAACACAAAUUAGCAGCAUACCCACUUUUAUCCAACCUAGCUGAGCAAUACAGUCAAGAUGCAGCGGCACUCGUUGAAAUAAUCAGAGAAAUGCAGGAUGGACCAAUGCGAGAGCAACUCAUGGAAGCAUAUGCUGAGAGUCUUCGGGUUCUAUGGGUUAUCAUGUCUGGACUAUCUUCUUUGGCGUUGAUAUCCAACUUCUGGGUCAAGGCCUAUACACUGAAACAGGCCCUGGUGACUGAACAUGGAUUCUUGCGAAAGAAGAAACCAAGAGACAUUGAGACUUCAGCUAUGGGACACCCAAUCGAAAUGUCGGGCACGCGCCCCCCCAUAGAAGAGAGUGAUUGCCGCGCACCUAGUAGAGAUGGCAGUUCUUUUGAUGGACACAGUGAUGAGGUAAUGGGUGAGAUUGAAGCAGCCAUCGAAUUGAAGAGCGAACACACACCUGAACCCCCGACGUUCGAAUUAAGGAACGAGCACCGGGGAAGUGACAUGAAAAUUGAUUGA